AUGGCUACCCCCACCCAGUCUCAGCAGCAGUACUCGGCUGGCGCCUAUCCUCCAUCUGCAGGCCAAGCUGGUCCUCUUCCACAAGCACAAGGCGGCUACGGCAUCACGUCGCAAUCUACACCAGGCCAUUACGGUCCUCCUACGACCCCCUACAACUUUGACAAGUAUGUGGUCAUCCACAUCGCGACCACUUGCGACGAGCACGGCGUGUACGUGACUAAGGAUAGCGCCGAGGUCAUCGAGAUGGGCUGGGUCGUCGUGGAUGCGAGGGAUCCCAACUUGCCAGAGCUCCAUCGUGAGAGCGUUCUCGUUAAGCCCGUCAACACGCCCAUCACGCCACUCUGCACCUCCCUGACCACCCUGACCUGGGAGCAUGUCCGCAACGCUGGAUCCUUCCGCGAUGCAGUCGAGAAGUUUGUCGCCUUCGCGCAGGAGCACCUCAUCAAGCCGGGCGCAUCCCAGAACGACCCCCCCUCUUUCGCCUACGUCACACUGAUGCCGUGGGACCUUCGCGUGCAGAUGCCACGUGAGGCGCACGAUAAGCACGUUGUGAUCCCGCACUACCUUCGGCACCCGAUUCUCUUCGGCCUACGUGGCGAGUACCAGAACUUUCAAGCUCACCAUCCCGAGACUCUGGCGUUCAGCUCUUCGACCCUCUCCUCCAUCUGCGCUGGCCUCGAAGUCGAAGAAGUCCGAUCCUCUGGCAAAGUCACCGGCGGCCUUCCGUUCCAUCUUCAAGCACUUGCACCAUCUUCGCCUCGCCGCGCUAUCGAAGAAGCACUUACGCUUACUCGCUGCUUGCGCUCCCUCGUCCAGAAGUCUCGUCCCAGCCAGACGAACCCGCACGGCGACCCCGACAUUAUGACCCGUCCUCUGGAUGCCCGCAGCGACGUUCGUGCCUUCCUCGCGGAGCACUCCAAGGUCCUGCACCUCAGCGGCCUUCCCCACGACACCACUCAAAGCGAGCUCGAGAGUUGGUUCACCCAGUACAACGGCCGCCCCAUCGCAUUCUGGACCCUCCGUACCCCUGAAGGUGGUAAGCCCAGCGGCAGUGGGUUCGUGGUGUUUGGCAGUCAUGAAGAGGCUGCAGAGUCGUUGAGCAUGAAUGGACGCGCUCUCAACGAUCGUGCGAUCGAAGUCUCGCCGUCCUCCAACCGCGUGCUCGAGCGUGCGUCCCAGCAAGGCCCACCAGGCGGUCCACCAGUCCUCACGCCGUUCCCGCCGUCCAAGAACCGUCCGCGCCCAGGCGAUUGGACGUGUCCGUCUUGCGGGUUCUCAAACUUUCAGCGCCGCACCGCCUGCUUCCGCUGUUCGUUCCCGGCCAUGGCGGCCCAGCAGCCAGACCCGUACGGUCAGCAGUACGGCAUGGGGCCAAGCCCCUACGGCGGGCCGGGCGGCUACGGCCAGCCCCCGAUGAUGGGCGGCCCUCAGAUGCACCAUGGCGGUUAUGGUGGCAUGGGAGGGUCAGGCGGUCGCGGUGGUGUCGUCCCGUUCCGCGCUGGCGACUGGAAGUGCGGCCGUGACGGAUGCUUCUACCACAACUUCGCCAAGAACGUCGCGUGCCUUCGCUGUGGCGCGCCGCGUCAGGAGGCCGCCGUCGUUGCUGAAGGCAACGGCGGCAACAACUACCACGGCCACGGAGGCGGAUCUUCAUACGGACCCGGUGGCAACAUGAUGGGCGGCUCGAUGGGUGGUUCCAUGGGCGGUGGCUCUUAUGGUGGCGGCAUGGCCCCCGGCGGCGACCCUUACGGCGGCGGUCAGAUGGGAGGCCCUCCCGGCGGCUACGGCGGACAGUCAUACGGCCCGCAAUCCACCUACGCCCUUCCGUCAGGACUCGGCGCCCCGUCCCCCUACAUGCAAAGCAUGCAUGGCGGGUACGGACAGGCGCCACCACCUACCGGACAGCAGAGCCCCGGUGGGUUUGACAGUCGUGCCGAGCAAGCGUUCAAUCAGGGCAACGCGUCCGCGACCGGCGGUGCUCCUGGUGCUGGGUACGGUGCCAACGGCGGUCAGUACGGAGCCGGGCCCAGCGGCUACGGCAACGACGACGUCUCUCUGGCCUUCCUCAACUCGAGCAUGGGCAAUCUCGGCUUCGGCGAGCGCGACGAUCGCCGCAACGGACAAGGUGGACAGGGCGGACACGGUCAGGGACAGGGACAGGGCAACGCCAAGUCCCCGCAGUAG